AUCCACCACGUAUGUGGUGCCUGAAGUGAACCAACUCAAGAUGGCUGAUUCCAGCAGGCACCCACAUGUGGACAAAUCGGGAGGACGGUGUUGGUGUUGGGCGAGAUCGCCAAGGGGUGGGAGGUGGAGGCUGAGCCUCAGCAGGCGCUAGGACCGGGUGUGCUAACAGGCGGAGCCUCCGCCCCUCGCCCGCCUGCCCGGUUCCCUCAGUUGCUGAUACUGCUGCAGUGUCUCCGAAGUGAGCAGGCAGGCGGCCUGUCUCUAUCCGAGCGCGGCUCCUUCGCUGCCCCCCCCCCGACGAGCCCCAGAAGCAGCAGCAUCCCCCACCGCCGCCGGCAUGGCUGGCGUGAGCUUCAGUGCGAAUCGCCUGGAGUUGCUGGCCUCGUAUCAGGAGGUGAUUGGAGAAGACAGCCCCACCGACUGGGCUUUGUACACUUAUGAAGAUGACUCUGAUAACCUGAAACUGGCUGCUUCGGGAACUGGUGGCCUUCAAGAGCUGUGUAGCCAUUUUGAGAAUCAGAAGGUGAUGUACGGAUUCUGCAGUGUCAAAGACCCCCAGGCCACCCUACCUAAAUACGUCCUUGUUAACUGGGUAGGAGAAGAUGUAGCUGAUGCCCGCAAGUGUGCCUGCGCUAGCCACGUGGCCAAGGUUGCUGAAUUCUUCCAGGGAGUGGAUGUCAUUGUCAAUGCCAGCAGCGUGGAAGACAUCGACCCAGGAGCCAUUGGGCAGCGUCUCUCCAAUGGCCUUGCCCGCAUCGCCAGUCCAGUGCUGCAUCGUCUUCGCCUGCGUGAGGAGGAGAAUGCGCAGCCUGUGGGCACCACUUAUCAGAAGACUGAUGCCGCUGUGGAGAUGAAACGACUCAACCGAGAGCAGUUCUGGGAGCAGGCCAAGAAAGAGGAAGAACUGCGCAAAGAGGAGGAGCGGAAGAAAGCCCUGGAUGAGCGGCUGCGUUUUGAGCAAGAGCGCAUGGAGCAAGAGAGGCAGGAGCAGGAGGAGCGUGAGAAGCGCUACCGAGAACGUGAGGAGCAGAUCGAGGAACACAGGCGAAAGCAGCAGACCCUGGAAGCCGAGGAAGCCAAGCAGCGGUUGAAGGAGCAGUCCAUCUUUGGGGAGCAGGAGGACGACGAAGACAGGCAGCAGCCCAAAAAGUCUGAGUCAGAGGUGGAGGAGGCAGCUGCCAUCAUUGCUCAGCGGCCCGAGAACCCCCGCGAGUUCUUCAGGCAGCAAGAGCGAGUGGCGUCCACCAGUUCAGAGACACCCCCGCCCUUCAACAGAACAGGCAGCCAGACGGAAAUGCAUAGAAAGGCAUCUGCCUCUGCCAGUAGCCCCUGUGACUCCAGUACAGCCUCGACGCCUGUUGGGGAGCAGAUUGAGCAUGCCCUGGAUGAGGUAACGGAGCAGAGUGCAUUGAAAGAUUCCUCCAGUCCAAGCAGCGAGGAGAUAGCAGUGGCAUCGGCUAUGAGCUGGGCUCCUCCCAGUGUGGAGCAGCCAAUGGAGAAGACCGAUGAGCCUCCUGGGGCAACAGCCUGGCAGGGAGUUGACUGGACAGAGCCACAGCAAGGCGAGGCUGGCCGCACUGAAGACCUGGUGCUUCCAGAGUCCAAAGAGGAGCCUCUGUUCCCAGAAGCCCCACCUCCCAAAGAAGAGCCUCUGUUCUCAGCAGCCUCACUGCCCAUGCCGAGUGAAGGUGCCCUGGAUCUGGGGGAGGCCUUUGGGUUCUCCCAGCCACCUGCCCCCCCAUCAGAGAACAUCCUUGACCUCUGGCAGAAUGACAGCACUGCUGUGGAACCCACCCCUCCUGAUGCCUGGGAGCUCCAGGGUGGGCCACCCACCCCAGCCCCGUGGGACCUUCAUGAUGGGCCUCCCAUGGCUGCCCCAAUGCUGAUUGAGGUGGAGCCCCCCCCAGGGGCACCAGAGCCUCCAUCCUCUGCAAACCUUCUUGAAGAUAACCUGUUGAACUUCAAUGACCUGCCUGAACCCCCAGCCACCUUUUGUGAUGCAGAGCAGGAGGAAGAGCCGGCAAGCAUAAUUGCGAUUGAGGGGCUGCACCAGAUGACACUCAGCUAUCAGCAUGCCCUGCAGGAAGCCUCUGGGGUGCACCAAGAAUCCCAGCUGCUCACCAACGGGGAGACAGCCCAAAAGGAAAGUACGCAGACCAGUGAGGGUUAUUUCAGCCAAUCACAAGAUGAAGACUUUAACCAAUCAGAGGAACCAUCUGCUAAAGCUCCUCCUCCAGUAUUCUACAAUAAGCCCCCAGAGAUUGAUAUCACCUGUUGGGAUGCUGACCCAGUGCCAGAAGAUGAGGAGAACUUUGGGGGCAGCGUUUAAGGCCAGCUCCCAUGUCCAACUCCUGUAUCCUGCACCCAGCAAGCCCAGCAGGUGCAAGCCUGGAGCAGCCGCAGUGAGGGCCUGGUGCCUGCUUGCUCCGUAUUGUAGCCCUGCGGUCUAAGGCCUCAGAUUGUGCCCCAGCCAGAUAGGAUAUUCUCCGUGGUACUCCGGGGUAACUUUUUCCAGCGCUCUCUCUCUCUCUUUCUUUUUCUAAUGUUGUCAAAUAGGAAACGUGUAAAUCUGCCUGGUCCCCUCUUUGUUGGUAGCUUCCCUGCAGAUCCUUUCCCUGUUGCCUCUGCCCAUUGGGUUUUUUCUGAUUCCCCCACCCCCUAUGCCAUUUAUGCCAUCUGGGUUAAUCUCCUACGAGUGCUGCUCUUGGGGGUGGAUGGGGAGGGGCCCUUCCUCCUCCUCCUCUCAGACUCUGCCCAGAGUUGUGAGUAUUUUGCACGAAUUUAAAAUAAAAUAUGGCAAUAAAAUGGCCCAGUGUGGGCAAGGCUCUGGCUCCCAUCUUCCACCUUCUUCAUUUGGUCCCCAACACACUUGAUACCCAGGGAAGCAAGCAGAGCCCCAUGUCCAGCUCUGGGCUCCAGCAGGAAUUAGCAGCAAGGAACUGCCCCUACCCUGAGUUCAGCUCCGUGGCCCUGUGUUUCAGAACCAGCCCAUUUCAGACCCUUCUCCUUAGGCCUUUGUUUGCCCUGAGAGCCUGGGACAAGGGGAGAUUCUGGGUGGGCUCCCCACUCCACUCUUUCCUCUUCCCCCAACCUCUUUCCUCUUCCAUUCCAUGCUUGGUUUCCUUUCUCUCACGUACCGUAAUUGUUUUUUUGAAAGCACAACUUCUGUAACAGCAAUGUGCUUAUGUAUGUUAAUAAAUAAAUUGGUUCCAAGC